AUGGAAAUCACUACGAAUAAGAAUCCAACAAUUUUAAUUGUUGGAGCAGGCAUAGGUGGACUUAGUUUUUAUCAUUCCGUUCGAAAAAAUCUUGGUAACACAUUUAAUGUUAAAAUAUUCGAGCGUGAGACAAGUCCUCAAGAUCGAUGGCAAGGUUAUAAUAUCUACAUUCAUAGGAGAGGUAUUACUUCUUUAUUCUAUUGCACACCAGCUGAAGUUCAAGCUCGUCUUCCCGAAGCAAUACCAAAUUCAAUCCCUAAGGAACAUCAUGCUAUAGCAAUUAUCGAUCAUGUCGGGAGACAUCUACUUUAUGUUCCACAACAAAAAUUUAAAAGCAUCUACGAAAUAGAACCUCUUAAACAUGAUUUUGCUGGUAUGGUUGCAUUUCGUAAUAGAUUAAGAGAUGUUUUAUUGGAAGGGGUUGAUGUCCAAUGGGAUAAAAAAUGUGUUGGAUAUGAAGAAUGUGAUAAUGGUGUUUGGGCAUUGUUCGAAGAUGGAACAAGAGAAUUUGGCGAUUUAUUAAUUGGUGCUGAUGGAAUUAAUUCACCAAUUCGGAAACAAAAGGUUCCAAGCUUAGAAAUUAUCGACCUUGGUGUAACUAGUAUCGAUGUUGAUAUUGAGAUACCAAAAAAUUUGGCAGAUCGAUUAAUGUUUGUUUACGCAAAUUCAUUAAUGCAAAAAUCUCUUGGCCGAAAUGGUGAUUCAUUUUUUUCAAUGAUGCGUUUUAUACCAAUUGAUCAAUCCGACGAACCAAGUUAUAGGGUUACCCUUGGAUAUGGUUAUCCGACAAAUCUUGAUAUUAAAGAUAAUAUAGUAAUAGACGAUAAAAAUCCUGAGGCUAUUAUAAAACAUGCAAUUACAAGAAUUAAACAAUUACGCCCGCCUUGUGAAUUAACAGAUCUAAUGAUUGAAUUAUUUUCGUUGGUUCCAUUCUCUCAUCCGGGUGAAAAAUAUCCAUUUCGAACAUAUAAUCCUCCACGACGUCGUCAACUUCGUGAUAUUGAUCCAUUAUCUGUCCCACCCUGGAAAAAUGAUAGAAUAGUUUUGUUAGGUGAUGCUGCUCAUGCUAUGAAUCCACUAUUAGGAUUAGGUGUAAGUAAUGCAAUAGAAGAUGCCGAUUUAUUGACCAAAGAAUUACUUAAUUACGAAAAUGAUAAUUUAAUCGCGUGCAUUCGACGAUAUAACGAACAAAUGCGAGUUCGAUCAUCUAAAGAUGUUACAAAAUCACGUAACACGGUACUAAGACAACGAGAUCCGGUUGGAAAUUUUGGACUAAUUGUUAGAUAUUCUAUUUUUAGAGCUAUUAACGUUCUUAUUAACUUUAUUGUAUUUGUUAAAACUCACGAUAUCGUCUGGGGACGUCAUGUGACUGGAUCAUCCAUUCUUUUAAAUUAG